AUGUUCUCUACAGUAUACGUCUUUUCACUCUUAGCGCUUGUGAGCUGUCAGUCCGGCAUCAUCUUCACCCCUCCCGAGUAUGGCCUUUGGAAAUUGACCCAUGGUCUGGAGAGCUUCCAUCCAGACACAGCUCGGCAGCUAUGGCUCCACGUAUGCACACAGGAGUAUGGUGAAAGCCGCCGUGCCGACUUUGGUCCUUACAAUGGCUAUACGGCAUUGUUCUGCCACGGACCGGACCACAAUGGAUAUGAGGAAGACAAGACCUCGCACACCAUCGACGUGCUCAACGGCGCUCUAGACCCCGCUACUCACAAAUGGGAAGCUGUGCAAGUUCAAUUCUGA